AUGAUACAUGGCCUGUCUGCUCUUCGAAGAGCACCUGCACAAUAUGCGACAUCACGCCUGCUGACGUCAAGCUUCGCCCCCACGCGACUCUACCAGGCACCACUCGUGCGCCGCCUGCAAACACAACAAUGGGAACCUCUACGCCCUCCCAACCCCGCAGACCUGCCCAAACCGAGACAGCGCAAGAUUAAACCUCCGUUCACUCGCCGAAAAUGGGUGCGCCGCCUUGCUGUCAUCUCUGCGCUGCUCGGUGCGGGAUGGCUGGCUGACAGGCAAUUCUACGCCUCCUCCAUUACACGCAGUUUGCGCACAUUCAAGACGGGUCUUUUGAUAGGCAUCGAUUACAAGAUCAAUUUCCGUGCGCACCCACCGCUUGCGAAUAGCAUCGAGGACCUACAUGCGAGGAACGCAACGAGGAUAUUUGAUCUGUUGCGAUACAAUGGUGGACUAUACUUGAAGAUAGGACAGGCGAUUGCUAUGCAGAGCGCGAUACUGCCGCCGCAGUUCCAGAAGAUGUUCCAGCAAAUGUUCGACGAUGCGCCGCAAAAUGAAUGGUGGGAAGUCGAGCAAGUCAUACGAGAGGAUUUCGGCAAAAGCGUCGAGGAGGUCUUUGGUGUCAGCUUUACACGUGAAGGACAAGAUGGUCGGGGUAUAAUGGAGAGGACUGCAAGGGCCAGUGCAAGUGUAGCCCAAGUGCACUGGGCGAGGCUGGCAGAUGGAAGGGAGGUAGCGAUCAAGAUUCAAAAGAGAGAGAUUGUGCAGCAGGUCGGAUGGGAUCUGUGGGCUUUCAAGGUUGUUUCCAAAGUCUACACUUGGUGGUUCGGUAUUCCGGUCUAUACACUGGUUCCAUACAUCUCGGAGCGCCUGAUGCUGGAAACCGAUUUCGAAAAUGAAGCGGAUAACGCAGUAGAAAUGAAGGGACUUGUGGCUGGGGAGCCACGGCUCAACGGUCGCGUCUACAUACCUGCAGUGUAUCGCGAGCUUUCGAGUAAGCGUGUCAUGACUGCGGAAUGGAUUGAAGGCGUGCGUUUGUGGGACAAGGAGGGCAUCACAAACAGUUGGAAAGGCGGAUGGCGCAGUGGCAGCCCUGGUGCUGGUGGCAACCUUCUUCCACCUAUCCCUAAGGAUGCCGAGGUUGACACACAUGUCCCGGAAGACGCCACACAGUAUGAAUGCUUUAAGCCGGACCGUAACUCAUGGCGAGGCGAUGACCGCAAAGGCGGUCUCGGUGUUUCACUGAAGACUACCAUGAACACCAUCGUUGAUCUCUUCUCAGCGCAAAUGUUCCUUUGGGGUGCGGUACACUGCGAUCCUCACCCUGGAAACAUCUUCAUCCGCCGCCUACCCAACGGACAGCCCGAAGUUGUCCUCAUUGAUCACGGUCUAUACAUUCGCAUGGACCCCAAGUUCCGCCUCCAAUACUCGGAAUUCUGGAAAUCACUCCUUGCCUUUGAUAACGACAAGAUCGAAGAGAUUGUCAGUAGCUGGGGCGUCAAGCACGCCGACAUUUUCGCAUCAGCAACGCUCAUGCGUCCGUACCAAGGUGGUGACAAUAGCGUAGCAGCUGUUCUCAAAUCCGAAAGAAAGGGAAAAGACCAAGCUGAACGUGCCUUUGAAAUGCAAGCUAAAGGCCGCGACGCCAUCAAGCUUAUUCUUGGCGACGACGCAAAGUUCCCUCGUGAACUACUUUUCAUCGGCCGUAACCUACGCAUCGUACAGGGCAACAAUCAAUUCCUCGGCUCACCUGUUAACCGUAUCAAGAUCACUGGACUAUGGGCUAGUAGGGCGUUGAUCGAAUCCAAGGACCUCAGCGUGAGCCAGAGAUGGAAGAACUGGGUCAACCAUCUGCGCUUCCGGUGCGUACUGGCACUCAGCGAUGCGGUAUUCUUCUGGAGUAAGAUCAAGCAGUUGGUUGGUGUGGGUGGAGGUAUGGAGGAUGACAUUGAAGCGCAUAUGCGCGUUAUGGCUAAAGACUUUGGCGUUGAGCUAAAUCACGGUGUGUUUGAGGGUUGA